CUUUCCCCACUGCGCAUGUGCACACGCCACCCGCGGGCUUUGCGCCUGCGCGGCCUCUUCGCCCCGCCCUUUCGUCGCCGUUCCCACUUUCAAACGGCAGCGGGAACAGCGCCCACCCAGAUAGCCCUUGGCGUCCAGGCGCGCGGCGGCUCGCGCCGCGGGGACCGGCAGGCCAUGGAGAGCGAACAUUCCAGGAUCCCGGUCUACAGCUUCCAUCCGCCCACAGCCCUCUCCCGCAGCGUCCCCGCAGAUAUACAGACGCCAUUUCCAUCGAAGAAACAGCGUAUCAACAAAACAGUUGAGCCAGAAUUCAGCAAAGAUCCCAAUUUCACUUUUAGCUCAAAUGUUCCAGAGGAUGGUGUCUUCAAAGCCAAAAACCAAGGUCUCUGUAGGUCUACCAAGAAAGCAGAGCCUCUUUCUAAAAAGACAGCAACAAUUGCACGAGGACCUCUGAGCCGAUACAGAUUGGAGACAGAGCUAAAGACGAAGAACCAGUUGUUGGAAAUAGCCAAACAACAACUGCACUCAAAGCUGGCAGGAGCACAGGGCACUAUAAAAGACUUGAGAGAAAAGAAUGAAGUCCUGGAAGAAGAAGUUCAAAAGCUGAAGAAAUUUCAAGAAAACUGCAUGGUGAUUUUAGAAAGCAGAAAUAUUGAUCCAGUUACAGGCAAUGAAAUCUUGGAGGAAGAAGAUACGAAGGAGUGUCAGAAGCAGACAAUGUUGCUGACAGAGAAGCUUAAAGAAGAACUGAGACUAUUCAGCCAAAUGGCUGCAAAACAGGAAGAGCUUCUGACAGCAACAGCUAUGUGGAAACUGGCAGAGAAUGAUAGAAACAAUUUCCUGGAGAAGCAGCUAUCCUUUCAGAGAGAAACAGAAGAGUAUGCUGCCACUGUUGAUCAGGUGGAGCUCCUCUUGGACACAUGAGGAGUAAGGACUAAUCCUUGUGUCAUGUUUGUGCCCUUAUCAACUUCUCAUGACAUAUAUGUGACUCUGAUCCAGGAGCAUCGUUUACUGUCAACAACGGAAUUAAAGGUUACUGAUGGGUCACAGAGUACACCAAAGCCCCUUUUUAAGAGGACUAAUAAACCUAAAAGAGAUGUAUUAAAGUCAUUCCACCAUAGAGGUUCCCCUUCAUAGCAUAAAUAUAUAUAACUUUUUUUUUUACUCUUUUGUAAAUUUUUUUACAGACAAACCUUUCCAGCUUUGUGACUUUACCUGUAUUGCUUAAUCAAUUUUAGUUUCAAAUAUGUCUAUCUCUAUGGGGAAAAUAACCCUGCUUUUUAGGCUUGUUUUAAUGCCUGCCUUCUGUUGUUCAACUGUACUUUCAUAUUUCCAGUAAAUGACUUAUUACUUCCAACUCUGA